AUGAAUGUCCCACAGGGAUGGAGCUCCUAUGUUGUGGUGACUGCGAUUCCAACUUCUAACCUUACCAAUUCUCCUAUUCUACAAGUUGUUGACUUUAAUCAAAAAGUUGAAAACUUUCAAAGUGCGAAUAACGAGAAGUUUUACUUUAUCACACCGGGAGGAAGCAUCAAACUAUCUACACAGUCAACUACAGUAUCCUUUCAAUUUUCGGUUCAAUGGUAUUCAAAUAUCGCCGUAAACCAACCAAGGUUUUUGAACCUCAGUGCAUCUGAUUCCCAACCAAUCAUUGUUCCCGGACCAAACAUUUUCGAUGAAUACCCUUUAAAUAGCCGUGUCACAGCUGAAACACGUGCCUCGGUUAUCACCAUUCCUUCCGACGAUAGAUUUGAAAGAGCCGAACCUACAAAAAACCUGAGAAGCAUUCUGAUUUUCGAUGGACCAAAUGAAAACUCAACUUGCCUGGGGACUGCCUACCAACUAUUGAACUCCAAUCGACAAUGGGUUUCCACUGGGAAAUUUCUUACAAUCGUCCAACUUCAACCCCUUCCUUAUGUUAUGGGAUCUCCACUACUGAUUCAAGACUUUGAGAACACAAAAGAAUUCGGCGAGUAUCGAGUCGUUGGAGGUGUAGAUACUCGUUCAAUUGUGAUGGACGCAUCGAAACAAGCAUCUGCUUUUUCCACAUAUUCUCCGCUCGGAUCUACUAGUGACUGUCUUAUAAACAUUACGGGAACAGGUACACUGGAGGUUUACUAUGGAGGAAUAACAGAGUCCAAGAGCAACUUGAUUGCAACGUAUCCCGCAUCAAGUACAGCUCCAAACCUUCCACAAAUACUUCGAGGAGUUGUCAGAACCUAUGUACUCACUGGUGGAAUCGCUACAGUUCAUAUUGCUCGUUACGGUUACUUCUGUAAUAUCAUAGAAAAAAACUUAAACGGAUUCAUCACUUCAACUGAAUACAGAACCAACCUCAGCCUGCUUACACCCCUGGAUUCGACGUUUUACUAUUCGAAAGAACAAUUCAAUUACACACUCAAUGUACAGAACGUUGAUUUAUCCCAGAACAAGAGUCUUCAAUUGAAAAUUACCAACAAUAAAACGGAUGUUUUGAAUGUUGUGUACAACUCAUCGAACCCACCAAUGUUGAAUACGGUCUUCAGUGGAGUUGGAACCGAGAUGGAAGUCAGUUAUUCCUCACCUUAUUUACCAUUGAAUGCUAAAAAAGACGGAUUUUAUAUCGAUUUCACUGCGACUAAAGUCAAAUGGUCCACUGCUAAAUCUUUUAGUUUUAUUGAAAUUUUGCGACGAUUCUUCGGACUGGAUUAUUUCUAA